ACUUCGAAAACAUCGAUGCUGGCAUCGAUGUUUCUCCACCUCUAAGUGAAUUUCGCGCAGCUUAUGUACGUGUGGAUUUCGUGGGGCCAGUGCAGACAUUAAAGCUCACUCACAAGGGCAAACAAAAGAAGCACCAGCACCCCCAAUCGCACAUACAGCCACCUACACAAACGCAGACUCACCCACACAAACAAACACACACACACACACACAGAGAGAGGAAAGUCACAAUGACUGCGCCGCGUCGCCUGCGAAAAGAAUUAAGCGACUUGCAGGAGAACACACUGAAGGCUUUUAGGGACAUCAAGGCGGACGAUGACAACCUGCUGCGCUGGACGGGAUUGAUUGUGCCGGACAAUCCGCCGUACAACAAGGGCGCCUUCCGCAUCGAGAUCAACUUCCCGGCGGAGUACCCCUUCAAGCCGCCCAAGAUCAACUUCAAGACGCGGAUCUAUCAUCCCAACAUCGACGAGAAGGGGCAGGUGUGUCUGCCCAUCAUCAGCACGGAGAACUGGAAGCCGGCCACGCGCACCGACCAGGUGGUGCAGGCCCUGGUGGACCUGAUCAAUGACCCCGAGCCGGAGCAUCCGCUGCGGGCGGAGCUGGCUGAGGAGUUCCUUAAGGAUCGCAAGAAGUUUGUGAAGAACGCCGAGGACUACACCAAGAAGCAUAGCGAAAAGCGUCCAGCGGACUAGCGGAUGGGCGAAGGUGGAGGAGAAUCCAUGUACACCCUCGUCGACCCCUUAGUCUUGUGAUUUUCAGUUAGUUAUUUAAUUUCCAUUUUCGAUCCCUCAGAAAACAUGUAAGCGUAUUUCCUCGGCUGAGUACCUAGUUUUGUAAAAGUAGCACUGUAAUUUUAUGCAAGUGAGAAAUACAUGUUCGUUAUGUUAAAACACA